AUGUCCAGACGCACAGACCAGCUCCGCUGGGGCACUCCGCGCCUCAACUCGCGCGACUCGCCGUCUCCGCUUCGGCAGAGUUGGACUUCAUCUUCACCUCCUUCUCAACGGCUGCCAACACCUGCUUUGGCAGCUAUACGCCAGCCCUCUCCCGCGCAGUUGCCCAUUGAGCUUGCCCCGCCGUGGCCGUUCAACUCACAGGAUACAACUCUUAUCCGAGCGGGCUAUCAACCCGCCUUCAAACCUCGGUCGUCGAUAUCCACAGCUACUUCGAAGCCAUCUUCUUCGAAAAGAGUGAAUCGUCGUGUCACCAUGGCUGAGCCACGAGCCCGUGCCGCUAGGCACAAGGGCCAGAUGAAUUUUUCCUCCGAACUUCGUCUCCUCCUUCUCGCCUACGGCGAUCCCAGUCCACACCCAUCAUUCCCCGCCGAGCCCCUCCCUGAAACAGUCCGUGUCCUGGACGAGAUUGUCACCGACUUCAUCCUCGAGCUGUGCCACGGUGCUGCGCAGGUCGCGCAUCACGCGCGGCGGCAAAAGAUCAAAGUUGACGACUUCCGGUUCGCGCUGCGUCGCGAUCCUAACAAGCUCGGCCGUGUGCAGGAGCUACUGCGCAUGGAGCGCGAGUUGAAGGAGGCGCGGAAGGCUUUCGAUCAGAACGAUGACCAGGUUGCGAAGGACGCGGGGAAGAAAGGCACCGCGGCGGUGGACGAACUGGACGGCACUGAGUCUUUGCCGGGUGGACCAGGGAAGAAGACGAAAGGGAAGGGGAAGAGAUCAGCUGCGCCGAGACGAGAGUCGGAUGCCACCGAAGAGUCGGUGCCAAAGAAGAGGAAGACUAUCGGCUGA